AUGGCCGGGUUCGCCACCUCGCGGCCGGCCUCCCUCGCGCUGUGCGGCUUCCUCAUCUUCCUCAACGUCUUCGCCUUCCUCCUCGCCGUCGGCGCCGAGCAGCGACGCAGCACCGGCAAGGUGGUGCCGGACGAGUACGACGAGCGCUCCUACUGCCUCUACGACACGGACGCCUCCACCGUCUACGGCGUCUGCGCCUUCUUCGUGCUCCUCCUGGCGCAGCUGCUGGUCACCGGCGUCACCCGCUGCCUCUGCUUCGGCCCGGCCCUCUCCUCCCGCGGAUGCGCCGUCGCCGCCUUCGCCGUCUCCUGGCUGACGUUCCUCGUCGCGGAGGCCUGCCUCGUCGGAGGAUCAGCGAAGAACGCGUACCACACCAAGUACCUUGGCUACUACACAAAGCAUGACCUGGUCAGCUGCGCCGCGCUCCGCAAGGGGGUGUUUGCGGCGGCUGCCGCCAUGAUGCUCAUCAACCUUGUGGCCUCCCUGGUGUACUACUGGAGCUACUCGAAGGCGGCGGACGGCGGGUUCAUCAAGCACCAGAACGAGGCCGGCGUGGGCAUGACCGACUACGGCCUCGACAGGGGCGGCGGCCCUGGGCUCUGA